CUAGUAGUAAACUACAGGGUUUAUGAGUUAGAAAAAAAAAAUUAGGGCUUGUCUGUCAGUUACAUUCAUCAAGAUUAUCAAGUCGCCUAAAUCAAAGAUGGCGCUAAAGAUUAAUCCAUAGCAUCAUACAACAAUGGCGGACGGUGUUUCGGUCAAGCAGUCGGCUCCUCCUGCUGCAAAUAAUCAAUGCUGUAAAGCGUGGAGAAAGAAAUGUUUGAAGCUAGAAGCUGGAAGGAAACAUUUAAAAGAAGCUGUGCAGAUUCUUUAUGAACAAGUCGAUAAGAUUCAAGCCGAGAAGCUUGCUAUCAAGAAAGCAUGUGAGGAAGAACAGGCACAAGCAGCAACUGUGAAAGAGAAAGACUUGGCAGCCAGAGUUGCUUUAGAGAGUGAGGUUUGUUCUUUAAAGUCAGAGGUAUCUUCUUUAAAACAGACAUGCAAUACUGAUGUGGUAGAUAACAAGGGGGAAUUGAAGCUUCUGAAGGAUAAUGUUUCUAAAGCAGAAAAGGAAAUUGUGCGGCUUAAAGCACUUGUUGAGAAGGAGAAAACAAGAGCUGAUUCUGAAAAAAAGAGUGCCGAGGCACAGAAAAAAAGUGCUUCUGAAGCUUGGAAACUUAUGAAAGCUGAAAAGAUCAAGGCUGAUGAAGAGAGGAAGCUUGCUUUUACUCAAGAGAAGAAGGCUGAAGAAUAUCGUUUGCAGUUGGAGGCAUGUAGGAAAGAAGCUGAGGAAGCCAAGUCAAAGUUGGUUUUUGAGGCAAAUAAGUUUGAAGAGGCAGGCAAAACGUUAGAAGCAGAAAAGCAUAAAGUGAUCAAAGAGAGGAAAAGUGAUGAUUCAGAGAUGGCUAAAAUAGAGGAGCAAAAGAGGCUCGUGGAAGCAAAUGAGAAGAAAUUCAUGGAAGAAAAAAGCCGUGCUGAUAAUCUUUCUCAGCAGCUGGAGGAGGCUAGGCAAAAGAUUGAGGAUUUACAGAAGGAUAUAAAUAACAUUAUUCCCUCCAGGAAUUUGGAUUCUGAAUAUCCAUGUGAUCAAAGUAAGGCUCACACCAUGAAUACAAAAAUCUCCUUCGUACCCCAAAAAGAAAAUUUAGAUGUUCAAGAUAAGAUGAGGGAGGUAAAGUUUUUCCAAGAUUGUAUUUCUGAAGGGGAAAAGCAAAUCAGUUAUCUCAAAGUGCUUCUUGAGAAAGAGAAAGAAAAGGCAGAUCAUAUAAAGAAAAAUGCUGAAGAAGAGAAGAAGAGUUCUGCUGAAGCAUGGACAUUUGUAAAAGUGGAAAAGGAGAAGGUUGAUGAAGAAAAGAAGAAUGUUGAUAUUGAACGGAAGAAGGCUGAUAACUAUCGCAUUCAGUUGGAGGCAUUGAGGAAAGAUGCUAAUGCAACAAAAGCAAAGCUAAAAUCUGAGAUAUUACAGCUUAAAAAGGCAAUUAAAGAAUUGGAAAAGGAAAAGCGUAAGAUACAUGAGGAAGUAAUGAAAAGGUUUGAGGAUGCAAAACAGAACGCAAUGGUAGAGAAAAAAGCUACAGAAAUAAGACUGGUUGAAGCAGAAGAGCAACGGAAGCUUGUGGAAGAGAACAGGAAGAUGGCAUUGGAAGAAAAAUCGCGUGCUGAUCAGCUGUCUUGUCAGCUUGAGGAAAGCAGACAUAAAGUUGAGGAUCUGCAGAAGCAAAUCCAAGAAAUUUUGUCUUCUAGAAAACCAGUUGAGGCUUCUACUAUUUUACCGAGGAAAGGCAGGAAUGCAGAAACCAGAAACUUGAAGCUUUUAGAGAAACAGUUGAAGCUUGAAAAGAUGCGUCUAAAUUAUGCCAAGCAAGUAGCAAACUUGGAAAAGAACCGCAAUAGCAUUCUACAAAAAGAACUGGCUCAUAUUAAUAUGGAUUCAGUUCAAAUUUCGCGACGUCUGGGUGCCCUGGAUAAAUGGUUUAAAUGUAGAGAGGAUUUAGAAAAGGCGGAAAACAUGAGAAGUUCAAAGUUGAAGAGGAAAUUCUCUGAUUUAGAACCAUUUCCUAUGUAUGCUCAGACUGAAAAAAAACUUGUCAAGUCUAGUUGCUUGGCUAUGGCUGGCUUUGACCCUAUCAGGGAAAGUACUGUGUUGCAAUUCCCUUUAUCUGGAGGGAAUUGUACUGCAUCUAUUUCAGGUAUUGAUUCUAAAUUGGAGCCUCUGCAUGGAGGCUCUUCUCAAAAAUUGUUACAGAAUUCUGCAAUGAAUUCCAGUUCAGCAUCAUUUUCUGAUGGUCAGUUGGCCGGCUCACAGGAAAGGGGUGCUUUUGUUUCCAUAACACCAGAGAAAUGCGUACAGGAAAAUGACGGACAAACAACUUCUUGCAUGUCUGGUGAAGUGACCAAAACACAGGGCAAUGGGAAUCUUGCUGUCGUGGCUGAAAAUAGUGUUAAAAGUCCUCAAAGAAUUUAUGCUCUUGGAAAAAUUAAUGGACGUGCAAGAAAGUUUAAUAGUGCUCUCAGUGCAAUUGAAUCUGUUGAAAUUUUGUGUUCAGAGGGUAAGAAGUUGCAUAUGCAGAUGGAAGAGAAACUUUAUCUCUUGCAUGGCAUGAUAAACGGGGAAACAAACAAACAGGUAGAGGAACCAAAAUAUGUGGAAGUAUGUGUGCACGAUGAUGUAUAUAACAAAUUUGAGAAGGGUCAGAAGACACGGAAGGGUUCUUGUGAUGAGAGGUCAAGAACACAGCAAUUAUGCACCAUUAAUGAGCAGGAAAAGAUUACACAAACGGGAAAUCAUAUCAAUGGUGAUGUAAAUGUGUGCAGACUCGGCUCAUCUUCUACCAUAUCUUCCUUGGGAAUCCCACAGGAAUGCGUCAAGGGAUUAAAUGAUUCUCCAGGAAAUGAUCUUGAAACUUUGAAAAUUGUUGAGCAUAUAGAAAAUGGGGAUUAUAUGAAAUUGUUAGACCUGGAUAAUAUUGCAGAUGAGGAAUGUUAUAGAAGAGCAGUGAAAAUGCCCUUGUCCCCUACUCUUCCUGAUAUUGAAAUUUCUGAUAUUGAGAUGUUUGAUAUCAGGAAGUCAAAAGUAGUUAGUAGCUUCAAUGGAGGAAUGUCAUACGAGAGGGAUGUUGUGGUCCCUUCUUACAGUUUUGAUGUUGGAAUUAGUUCCAACAACAUGAGAUGCAAUGCCUCAAGAACUCCCUUUAUUGAACUACUGCAUGAGGAUGAAGGACUUGUUGACUCACUUCAUAUGUUAGGGAAUGGAAAUGGCUACUUCACCGUUGACACUGAAAGAAUUUCUGAAAGACAGCCUAGGGACCCUGAAGUUGUUGAAAUGCUAAAAACAUCAAGUUCUGGUAUUGAAGGCCUGAAGUCCUUAAACAUUAAAUCUGGAAGCGAACUUGGCUGUGUACAGGACAGUAUUCCUGCAUUCUGUGUGGUGUUUUCUAAUGUUACUGACUGUACGACUGUUUCUAGAAUAUUUUGUGCCACAAGAACCUGUGCGAUCCGAUACUCUUUAGAUAGUGAAAGAGAAUGCACGGUGCAAAAGAUCUUGCAUGCUCUUAAAAUGGAAGAGAAACUUUUACCCAAGGAGAAGGCCUGUGUUUUUUUCACAUUGUUGCUGCUUAAUUUUUCUUGGUGUACUUCGUUGAGAUCUGAAAGAUCUGCAGAUAAGGGUUUUUUUCUUUGCCUAGAUUCCUAUGGUCGCCAAUUUAGUGCAGUGGCGUCUGAUGUUGAGGCGAGGAGUUUGCUGGCACACUUCUGUUCUUGGGAUGAAGUGGUUGGUCUCAUUGAAGACUUUCUCAUUAAUGGACGAUUGAUGGUGCACACAGAUGCAUCUUCUGAAACAUUGAAUGGAUGCGAUUUAAGGAUGAAUAUCAGCAUAGAGGGUAUGCACAUUAAUUUAUCCUCUAAACCAGCUUCAGCUGACCAAUUGGUGGCGGGGAGCACCAUAUUAGCAUCAGUAUGUUCAGCAAUAGACCACAUUGAGUUUCUCUGUGAGGCUUCUUACAAUCUAUUGCGGUGUUGUAAAUAUGAUGCGGCUGUUUUAUUAACCAUACUUCAUGUUUUUUCUUACCUGGGUGGCGAUAAAUUUUUCUCUUUGAAGGAACACGGUUUGAUAAUGACUGUGUUGAAAUCAAUAGUAGUUCUUCUCGAGGGGGAGAACUCAUCUGAUACUUCAGAUUCUUGUCUUUCACCUUCUCAUGAGGUUAGAAGUAAGCUCCACCUGUCCGCUGAAUGCCCGUUUGGUACAGAGUCGGUGGAUAUGGUUAUAUCAUUGCUCUUGGAAAAGCUUCAUAGUCAUGCAUUUUCAGUAAUCAUGCACCCACAUCUGACGGAAUCAAUUAAUUCAUCAAAUUUCCAUGUCCUCCGACAUGAGGAUAAUGCUAGUCAGAGUUCAAGUCAUGAACAAAUAUUUGGAGCACAUGGUGUGUACUCUGGUGGUUUAGAUAAGUGUUCAGUGUCCUCUACUCAUGCAAACUCUGGAACUUCAUUUGACCUCAAUGAUGUCCUGUCGUUGGUGGAACUGGUUGCUGGUUACACGAGCUGGGACUGGAUAUGUGGCAAAGUUAUACCGGUGUUACUGGAAUUUCUGGGAAGAUCUUUACCAGAAGACUUUGCUGUUGCUGUUGUUCUUCUUAUAGGUCAGAUUGGGAGGCUUGGAGUUACUGGUCGCGGUUGCAAGGAUAAGGAAGUUGAGAAUUUGAAAUCUAAAUUACAUGGUUUCCUUUGGCGGAACAAUUCUAUGACAGCAUCUCUUCCCGUUCAAAUUGCUACUAUCACUUCUUUACUGGGGCUUCUGUGUCUUGACUUUGAAGAUGCUGUCCACGGCACUUCUGAUCUUCCAGAAUUUGCAAGUCAAUUUGUGUAUAUUGAUCCUAUAAGAAAGUGGUUCUCGGCACUGAGUGAGGAGCAACAGACCUUGGCAUGUAGCCUCCUACAGUCUACUGCUGUAACUACAAGCUGAACCAGACCAUAUUUUUUUGAUCUUUAGCUGGAUAUUCACAUCAGCCAGAAGUUAUUAUAAGAGUAAAUCAGAAACCAACUGUUUAGAGUUUUCCAAUUGAUGGAUUUUCUGCUAUCGGAGUAGGGAGAUUAAGAGCAGCUAGAGGGCAAUUUUGAGAUAAGCUCUCUUAUCAUUGCACAAUUUUGUAAAUUCUUUCCAUUGUCUUUUGUAGUUUUAUCUUUUCAAUCUAAUAUAUGCAUCAAUGAGUUUGUCAACUAA